CCUCGCAUAUAUAUACCGCAGACAGGAGAGCUUCGGGCACCAGUUUCAUCCGCUCAAGACAACAUGAAGUUUGUAAUCCUCUCCCUCGCCCUGGCCGUGGCCGCCGCCGCCCCUCAGUACGGCCGCGAAGACAGCUCGGAGAAGGGGGCGCCCAUCCUCCGGGACGAGCGCAUCCAGGAGGACGACGGAAGGUACAACUUCGACGUCGAGACCGGCAACGGCAUCACCCUCUCGCAGUCCGGUUCCCCCGUGGCCGAGGGAGCCAUCGCCAGCGCCGGCCAGUUCUCCUACACCGCUCCCGACGGCACUCCCGUCAGCCUCAAGUUCGUGGCCGACGAGAACGGCUUCCAGCCCCAGUCCGACCUCCUGCCCGUGGCCCCCGAGUUCCCCCACCCCAUCCCCGACUUCGUCCUGAGACAGAUCGAGUUCGCCGAGCAGCAGAGGGCCGCCCGCGCCCGCGAAGGAGGCAGAUCCUACGAGUAGGAGACUCCGCUGUGAACCUGUUUAAUUCGAUCCGCUCUUCACGGUUGCUACCCAAACAACGACGCCUUCGUUGACUUGUAUAUGUGUACAUCCCUGUCUGUAUUUAUGAAUUAAUAAAUGUUCUGAGUGAAAGUC